AUCGUUCAUCAGAUAAGCAGCCACCAACCAUUCAUACGGUCGUGGUCACGGCCAUGGCUUCCUCCUUCUCCAAACGCUCCCUAUGCCUCCUCCUCCUGGCCGUCUUCCUCCAUGGCUCGUCCGCCACGUCCCCCCCGGCCACCGAGGGCACUGACCCGAUGACGUCGCGGACGAUGGAGCAGCGAUUCCGGCGAUGGAAGGCGGAGCACAACCGGACCUACUCCACCCCGGAGGAAGAGCGCCACCGCCUCCGCGUCUACGCCGACAACGUGCGCUACAUCGAGGUCACCAACGAGGACGCCGGCGCCGGGCUCACCUACGAGCUCGGCGAGACCGCCUACACCGACCUCACCAGCGACGAGUUCAUGGCCAUGUACACGUCGCGGGCGCCGCCCCUAUCGGACGACGACGAGGUGCCGAUGAUGAUCACCACCCGCGCCGGGCCAGUGGACGCCGGUGGCCGCCGGCAGCAGGUGUACGUGAACGAGUCGGCCGGGGCGCCGGCGAGCGUUGACUGGCGAGAGAAAGGCGCCGUCACGCCGGUGAAGAACCAAGGCCAGUGCGGAUCGUGUUGGGCAUUCUCCACCGUAGCGGUGGUCGAAGGAAUCUACCAAAUCCAGACUGGGAAACUUGCCUCGCUCUCGGAGCAAGAGCUGGUGGACUGCGACAAGUUGGACCAUGGUUGCAAUGGUGGAGUGAGCUAUCGUGCGCUGCAGUGGAUCACCUCCAACGGCGGCAUCACCUCCCAGGAAGACUAUCCAUACAUGGCAAAGGACGACACUUGUGACACCACAAAGCUUUCGCACCAUGCCGCUUCCAUCUCAGGCUUCCAACGUGUGGCAACGAGGAGCGAGCUAUCGUUGACAAACGCGGUGGUCAUGCAGCCCGUGGCGGUGUCGAUCGAGGCUGGCGGAGCCAACUUCCAGCACUACCGGAAUGGCGUGUACAAUGGUCCAUGUGGGACGCGGCUGAACCAUGGCGUCACGGUGGUAGGGUACGGGGAGGACAAGGUGACUGGGGAGAGUUACUGGAUCGUGAAGAACUCAUGGGGUGAGAAGUGGGGGGAUAGUGGGUACCUCAGAAUGAAGAAGGGCAUCAUAGACAAGCCCGAGGGGAUCUGCGGCAUCGCCAUCCGGCCAUCUUUCCCGUUCAUGUGAUGUGAUCAUGUGUGGUGUGGUGGGUUCAUUGUUCUUUCCCUAGCAGGGGCCAAAGCUUAGCCAACUUGUUGUUACAAGUACAAUACUUGUAAGGUAGUUAAUACGUGCUUGUAAAAAUGGGAGUAUAUUCAAACAUUUGUGGGCGCGA